AGCUGAGUUUAAAUUCUGUCUACAAAUUCAAAUCAUCAAAAGAUAAACUAUUUUACCAGAGUAAACUGGAGAAUUCACCUGGAUUUUGAAUAUCAUUUCAUCUGUAUAUUUUGCCUGGUGAACACAAGGCAGCAAUUUGAAACAUGAAGACUGCAAUUCUGCUGUUUUGUCUUCUUGGAUCAACUCAGGCCCUACCGAAGCAGCUUAAUUCUGCGUUGGAAGUUUCUCCCACAAAACCAGCUCCAGAUCAGGUGACACCACUAAGCCAACAGCAACCUGGUCAGGUCUUCCCUUCCUUAAGUCUAAUACCAUUAACACACUUGCUCACACUGGGUUCAGAUCUGCAACUGCUCAGUCCUGCCCCAGGGGCGACGCCUGCAGCCCACACACUGCCAUUACCUCUGGGAGCACUGAAUGGACAAAAUCAACUGCAGCCACAGAUGUUACCAAUUUUUGUAGCACAAUUUGGAGCCCAGGCUGCUAUCCUAAGCUCUGAGGAACUGCCAUUGGGCCCCCAGAUCUUCACCGGCCUCCUCUUGCACCCUUUGUUCCCGGGAGGCAUCCUGCCCACCAGUCAGGCAGGGGCUAAUCCAGAUGGCCAGGAUGGAGCCCUUCCAACGGGACAAACAGGAGCAAAUGCUAACAUCCAGGCCACCACAGAGGGCCAACUCUCGACUCCUGGUGUCACUGAUGAUGACUUUGAAGUGACCACUCCUGCAGGCAUCCAAAAGGCCACUCACACUACCAAGGAGACCACCACCAGCUCGCCAAAUCGAAUUCACUAAGCUGUGUCAACGUGUUUCAUCUACACAGCCUCAAAUUUGGUGGCACGUGUGAAUCUCUUUCAUUAAUUACAUUAUAGAAUAGACUGAGACACAUGGAGGGUCUCAGAAGAAACUCUUAGUUUACCUGACAACUUUCUUUGGAAUUUCAGAAAAUAUGUUAAAUGUAGAGAAUACUAACUUCAGAAAAAGAAUAGUUAAAUGGGUAAAUUUGUCUUUGAAAUAUUACAUUAUGCCACUUCAG